AUGAACUCGCUCACUUUGUUCGCUGCUCUUUUCCUCGUGUUCUCCGUGUCGGCUGCUCCGGCAGACUUGGCUGCCGAUGGUUCCCCCGAUCCGUCCGAUUCGACGCCCACCGCUGCUCCAGUUCCCCCGGUCGCCACUUCCAUCUCAACCGUUGCGGUCAGUAACAACGGAGACUUGGUCACAACUCCAGCCCCCACCCAGCCAGUGCCAGCGAACAAUGGAACUUCGGUGACGACCGUCGCUCCAAUCAAUCCAAACUCCACGGUCACUCAAGUGUCCUCGACGACAUUCGGUAAGUUCCUUACAAUGUUUUUCAUAGCCAACUCUGAAAUAUUUCAGCAACGACGACACAGUCCGCGCAAGGAGCUUCCCUCUUCCUUUCGCUGGUGCCAAUUGCUCUCUACCUCAAACUCUGA